UUCAGCGAUUGAGGAAACCCAGCGAUCCUAAGGAGUGGAUGACGCUGGGGGCUUCCCUGGCAGGUUGGGUUCAUCCAGCAGCAGUAGCCAGCGCCUCCUGCCUCCCGGUGCCUGUGAUGGACAGCUCAGAGCGGUGCGCCUGUGCUGUGUCUGACCCCUACAGAAGCAGCCCCGCAAAGUUUACAUUGUAGUGUCCAGCCCCGUUUCUCCAGCAGAUUCCAGGCUGACGGAGGGCAGCAUCUUACCUGGGUCAAGCCUACACCUGGACACACCCACCUCCCCGAGACCCCCAUCGGAAGGCGCCCAGUGAUAAAGCUUUAAAAAGAGGGGCAUUGAGAGCAGCACUUCCUCUCCGUUACUGAUGCUGUUUCAUCAAUCCCUUUCGGAGAACUUGCAGCAGCUGGGAUAGCUCGGAAGCAGCUGGAGUUUCCCGGGAAAGGACAGUGCAAGGGGGUUUAUCUGGAGAAUGGACUGGAGGGAGUGAGCAGGCUUUUUGGGUUAAGGGACAACUAACCAAGAAGAUCGGUUUAACUUGACUCAUGCUUCUUUAAGUGAUGUGAUGUCGAUGGUUAGUGCACAGAGCAUGCCUCUCAGUCCGACAGCCAGGAAACAUGAGGAGGAGCAGCAGCAGCAGAACACUUGCAACUGCAGCGAGGGUGAAGAGGAGGAGAGUUUCAGCAGAGAGGACACCAUCUACCACACCAUCAGGACGAGUACAGCAGCUAAAACCGGACAUCAAAUGGACAACCCCGCGCCCAGCACUGUGGUCAUUCGUAUUGGGGUCCCUGACCUGGAGCAGACGAAAUGUAUGAGGUUUAACCUUGAUGCUCCUGUGUGGGUGUCGAAACAACGGAUUCUGUGCACUCUCAACCAGACACUGAAGGAUGUUCUGAACUAUGGGCUGUUUCAACCAGCGUACAAUGGGAGAGUGGGGAAGUUUCUGGAUGAGGAACGUCUGCUCCGAGAAUAUCCGGCACCUUCCGACACCCCUAUACCAUACCUGGAGUUCCGGUAUAAGAAACGAGUGUACACCCAGAGUCAUAUAGAAGAGAAACAAUUGGCCAAGCUACACACAAAGGCAAAUCUCAAGAAGUUCAUGGAAUACAUCCAGUAUCAUCACGCUGAGAAAAUCAGUAAGAUGUUGGAUAAAGGCCUGGACCCUAACUUCCAUGAUCCAGACACAGGAGAAUGUCCACUGACAUUGGCUGUACAACUGGAGAACACAUCUGAGAUAAUCAAGUUGCUGCGAAAUGGGGGAGCUCAUUUGGACUUCAGGACCCGAGAUGGAUUAACAGCUUUGCACAAAGCUGUGCGAUGUCGGAACCACACUGCACUGAUUACCCUGUUGGAUUUGGGUGCUUCUCCAGAUUACAAGGACAGCAGGGGCUUAACGCCUUUGUACCACAGUUCGAUGGUGGGAGGAGACCCUUAUUGCUGUGAACUGAUUCUGCAUGACCAUGCUAUUGUUGGCUGCAUGGAUGAGAAUGGCUGGCAAGAGAUCCAUCAGGCCUGCCGGUAUGGACAUGUGCAACAUCUGGAACAUUUGCUGUUUUAUGGAGCAGACAUGAGCAGUCAGAAUGCCUCAGGGAAUACCGCUCUGCACAUCUGUGCACUCUACAAUCAGGAGAGCUGUGCAAGAGUCCUUCUAUUUCGAGGAGCAAACAAAGAGAUUAAGAAUUACAACAGCCAGUCCGCAUUCCAGGUUGCCAUUAUAGCUGGGAACUUUGAACUGGCCGAAAUCAUCAAGAAUCACAAGGAAGCCGAUGUUGUGCCUUUCAGAGAGACCCCAAGCUACACCAAUAGGCGACGAACAGGCGGAGGUGCCCUCUCAUCCCCGCGCACUCUGCUGCGAUCCACCAGUGACAACAACAUCAACAACCUCCCAAGCCGGACGUCCCACUCACCCGUGCCAUCCCUCAGGAGUCUGCCACCGCAGUUACUGGCGCACAUGCAGGAGGGUGCCGAGGGAGGUCAGCAGAGUACUGCUAGCUCACGGAGCUCACACAGCCGAUCGCCCUCGCUGCAGUGUGUCCAAGAGGAAAGUGAUGCUAACACGCCUGUCCUCAGGAAGCAGACUAAAGCCAGGCUCAGCCCGAGCACCGUGAGCGCCGAACCGAGCACGACCCCAGCUCCUGUACACAGAGGACCCAAGCGCAAACUGUACAGUGCGGUUCCGGGACGGACCUUCAUCGUGGUGAAGCCCUACCAGCCCCAGGGAGAGGGUGAGAUCCUGCUGCACCGAGGGGAGCGAGUUAAAGUGCUAAGCAUCGGUGAGGGAGGAUUCUGGGAAGGAACAGUGAAAGGUCGAACUGGCUGGUUUGCUGCAGAAUGUGUGGAGGAGGUACAAAUGAGACAGUACAAUGCACGGCAAGAAACACGUGAAGACCGAACAAAGCGACUCUUCAGGCAUUAUACAGUUGGAUCGUAUGAUAACUUUUCAUCUCACAGUGAUUAUGUCAUCGAGGAGAAGACAGCAGUGCUUCAGAAGAAGGAGAACGAGGGAUAUGGCUUUGUCCUCCGAGGAGCUAAAGCGGAGACUCCAAUUGAAGAGUUUACCCCCACACCAGCAUUCCCAGCAUUGCAAUACCUGGAAUCUGUGGAUGUGGAAGGAGUGGCAUGGAAAGCUGGACUCAGAACGGGAGAUUUCCUGAUUGAGGUAAACAAUGUCAACGUAGUGAAGGUUGGACACAAGCAAGUGGUUUCCAUGAUCCGACAGGGAGGGAAUAACCUGCUGAUGAAAGUGGUGACAGUCAGCCGAAAGCCAGAACUGGAGGACGGAAUGAGGAAGAAAGCCCCGCCACCCCCGAAGAGAGCACCAAGUACCACACUGACUCUCCGUUCCAAAUCCAUGACUGCUGAACUCGAGGAGCUAGCCUCUGUACGCAGAAGGAAAACGGAAAAAUUGGAUGAGAUCCUUGCAGCAGCUGAUCGGUCAGCCAGGACAGAGAAUGUGGCAGCAGACUCGCGAGCUGCAACAGUCAAACAGCGGCCUACAAGCAGGCGUAUCACGCCAGCAGAGAUCAGUUCACUAUUUGAGCGUCAAGGCAUGCCCUCAAAGUCAACGGCACCAUCUGUAUCAGAGAAACCACACAUCUCAAUGCAUCGAGGAAUGUCAAGAACAAAAUCUAUAGGAGCCUCUGAGGAUGAUAAGCUGUCAGUCUCAGCCAUGGAGGGAAGGUUUUCACGUAGUACAUCCAUGCAAGACACACUUCGGGAAGGACUGGGUAUACCUCCACCUCCUCAGAUCGCCCCUCCCCCACCUCCUUCCUCAUACCUUUUAGAUACAGGCCCUCCCCCUCCUUUCUCCCCACCCCCACCCCCAGGACGAACUUAUGACAAUGUGCGUUCCAGCUUUAAGCCCAACACCGAAGCGAAAAUUCAUGGGGCACAGCAGGCAGUGACAACAGCAGAGGUCUAUGAGCCAAGUCGAACUUCUGUGCCUCCGGUAGAAAGGCAGAAAAGGGCUAGGUCAAUGAUCAUCCUGCAGGAUUCAUCCUACUAUCCUGUAGAGCCAACGGACAUACCCUGGCCCAGCCCAUCAUCAACCUCUCAAGAGAAAAGCAAACGGAAGGCAAAGAUGGUUGAUAACCCAUAUGCAAAUGUGGGCCAGUUUAAUGUGGGCCUUUUCGCACCAACAAAACCACUUCGUAAGAAAAGUCCUCUGGUUAAGCAGUUUCAGGUUGAAGAUGCAAUAGAGAGAGCAUCAGCCGCUGUUUCAUCUGCAGCUGGCAAGGAGUUAUUAGCCAGGAGGAUAGCGCAACACUCUGGAAAAGAGCACGAGCAGCAGCAGAGGCAGGGAAUCAGCAAAGCACAGGAGGAUGGGCAAGAUUUGGCCAGCCCUUUCUCUGCUGCAAUUGCAGGAGCAGUACGGGACCGAGAAAAAAGGUUGGAAGAGAAGAGGAAAUCAACAGUCUUCCUUUCUGUAGGUGCCAUCGAAAGUGACACAGCACCCAACAUCCCAGCUUUGCAACAAUCCAGGUCAGUUGACGAGAGACUACUAAGUAGCAGUGACAGGUCUCUCCGGUCACCAGUCCCUUCACCUGUCCCCUCCUCAAGACCACCAGCAAGCACACCUGUAACUUUUAUACAUCCCCUCACAGGGAAGCCGCUGGAUCCCAACUCACCAUUGGCACUUGCGCUGGCCGCAAGGCAACGGGCACUCGUCGCCGAAACACAGCAUCAGCGGAUGACUGGAAGCAAUGAAACUGUGAAAGCUCAGGAGAGAAAUGUCCCUCACAGUAAAGAGACAAAGCAAACAGAGGUUGAGGGUCUCACAUCACCUCCAUUCUCUCCAGAGGACAAAGCAGGUUACAGUCCAACAUCUGGUGCACCAGUAACUGCAAAACACCAAUGGGGAACUCCUACCACCAUGAGGAAAGAUGUAGAAACUAGACCAGUGCAGACAGAAAAGGCAGAGCGAGAAGAGAAGAAAGUUGAAGAGAGAAAAAGUAUGCUUAUCAACAUAGUAGAUACAUCUCAACAAAAAACAGCUGGCCUGCUGAUGGUCCAUGCAACAAGUAAUGGGCAAGAAUCAGAACUUCAAGAAACUCCAACAACUGCCUUGAAGCCAUCAUCACCACAGCCUCAAUUGUCCCCUAUCGAAACACAAACGUCUCCAACACCCAGUACUGUUUCUGAGCCUCUGCCUACUGAAGCACCUGGAAAACCCCAAACUCAAGGAAGCUCUGAUGAAGAUGUGGAGCCAUUCACCAUUUCCCUCCCUCCAAUUCUGUCCUCAAGCGAUGAAGAAACAAGGGAAGAACUUGCAAAGAUUGGGCUUGUGCCACCUCCUGAUGAAUUCGCUAAUGGCAUCUUCAUCCAAGCCGAGGCUGAAAAAACUGCCAGCCAUCCCAGUAGACCUCCAAGUGCAGCACCUACUGGCAUUUCACCCUCAGGGAAGCCUUCAGAUGCCCCACCGUCAGAAGCAAGUGUGGACUCGGGUGUAGAAGAAAUAGACACAAGAAGCAGUAGUGAUCAUCACCUAGAAACCACGAGCACGAUUUCAACUGUCUCCAGCAUGUCCACAUUGUCGUCGGAAAGCGGAGAGCCCUUGGACACUUAUACAUCAUUUGCUGAUGGACAGACCUUCAUACUCGAGAAGCCUCCAGUGCCUCCAAAGCCAAAGCUAAAGUCCCAACUCAACAAAGGGCCAGUCACAUUCAGGGACCCUCUCUUGAAGCAGACCUCAGACAGUGAGCUUGUUGCCCAACACCAGCCGUCCGCGCUGCCCCCCGGCGUAGGACGGUCUCGCUACCUCAUACAGAGAAAGUCCAAGUUGUGGGGGGAUGCCGUUGAGCCCAGACCAAUUCAGAUGGUCGAGGGCAGCAAACCCACUGUAAUAAGUGAGCUGAGCUCCAGGCUGCAGCAAUUGUCUAAGGAUACUCACUCACUCGGGGACGAGCCGUCAACAGCCUCUCUAGAAAUAGGGAAGAGGUCACCUGUUGUCACUGCACGACUUUUCAGUAGUUUAGGAGAGCUGAACACGAUAUCCCAGCGGAGCUUUGGGGCGACAUUCACCAUCCGUCCUGGCUCUAGGCAACCUGUCACCCGCCGGGCCCCGAGCCCCGGGAAGCCCGGUGUCGAAUCAAGGACAGAAACCGGUAUCAGUUCGCCAAGACCCUCGCCACUCUCCACCCCAACGCAGACCCCCCCAACCAUCCUGAAAUCUUCCAGCCUCAACAUCCCCCAUGAACCCAAGGAGGUGCGGUUUGUGGUGCGGAGCGCCAGUGCUCGCAGCCGAUCCCCAUCUCCUUCUGGUGUCCCCAUGCAUUCCCUGCUCCCUCCCAAGCCCUUCUGCCAGAAACCUAUGGCGAUGUGGAACAAGUACGACGUGGCGGACUGGCUGGACAGUCUGAACCUAUCAGAACACAGAGAGAGCUUCUUACACAAUGAGAUAGAAGGCUCCCACCUACCAGCCUUGACAAAAGAUGACUAUGUGGAACUUGGAGUCACAAGAGUGGGACAUCGAAUGAACAUUGAACGAGCUUUGAAACAUUUUAUAGACAGCUAGCUCCACUGGUG